ACCGCCGGCAACUUACCGGUUAAAUAUUGGCGUCAGUUUUUUAGUAAGAUAACCGAAAUCAAUUCAGUUUCAACGAUAAAUAACUUGAGUUAUUAAAUAAUUGUUCAUAAAAAAGCAAAUUUGACGUCUUAUUACCAAGUUAACCAUUUGACAAUGGCAGCCCAGGGAGACAAGCACAAGUCAAUAUCAGGCCUAACACCACAUGAAUUCAUAACACUUAAUGAACUAGAACAAAUACCUGAAGGAUUUUUAGCUGAACAUUCAGCUAAUCAAAUGGAGUACAACGACGCCAAAAAAAAAUUUGCUGAAAUAUGUGAGGAUUAUGGAAAAAUAUUGGAAAAUGGUAAAAAAAGUCAAGCUUUGGAAUUUGCCUUUAAAGUUAUUUAUGAUAUAGAGCCAGAAGCUAGGUCUAUUAAAAAAGUAAAGCAAGAUAAAAUGUGGAACUUUAUAUUCUCUUCCAAAGGGAAUGACGGUGAAAGUAAGCGCAAGAUAUGCUGGAUUCAUACUGAUAAAGCAGUCUUCAAGCACUCAACCAAUCCUAAGGAAAUAAUUUUAACCGUAAAGUUGGCUAGCUUGCUGGCAAUAGAAACUUGGAAGAUGUUAAUAGAACAUGCUCAGUUUAUGAAAAUUGAUAAGGUCCUCUUAACUCCUUCAGCAGGUGCCAUAUAUUCAUUAAAGGACAUAAGGUUUAUAGCAGCAAGAAUUGAAGGGAACCAACGAAACACUACAAAUAUUCAGAAAAUAAUAAACGCAAGUUGCCAACCCGGCGGUCAUCUAUUAGCAGAGUCAAACUAUUCAUGUGCAUUGGCUGCAGUAUUGGCUUCCACUAAGGACAUGAAAAAUGAGGAGGUUAGAGUGCAAAUAGUCUCAAAGGUGGUCAAGCAAUAUUUUGUAGCUAGAAAACCUCUAGAUGUUGAUAAAUGUAGAAUUUGGUGCCAAUUCGCCUUCGAUGGAAAUUAUCGAAUGCUUAAUAACAGCGAUAACGAUGUUUUACAUAAAAUAUUUAAGUAUGCUCAAAAGAAUGCUCAAAUUAUUAAAUUAAGGGAAGUUGAGUUUUAGUGGUUAUAAAACACUAACAUAUUAUUUAAUCUGCUUUUUUAACUUUAUUAAUAAUAAUAUAUUCUAAAUAUUGUUGUUUCAUUCAUGG